CUACAGCCUCUCUCGCGUGCCUCAUCGGCCCCUUUACUCGGUGCUCCGUUUGUUUGUGUUCCUCCUGCCUUUUACCGUCGAAAUGGAGCUCGGUGGGAAUUAGCGGGCGAGCGCCCCUUCGAGUUCUCAUCCUUACCUUUGGAGAAUGAUCCACCGGCAGCUUAAUUUAUCCCAGGUUUUGGUCUGCUUUGGGUUGACUGGUCAUUAUGCUGAUGCAGCUCUGUAGUAUCAAGAACUUGUACCAGAAUCGGUUCCUGGGCCUGGCGGCCAUGGCCUCCCCGUCCCGCAGCAGCCAGACCCGCCAGCGCUGCAAGGACGCGGUUCGCCACAGCUACGGCCCGGACAGCUACGCCGUCAACCAGGAGGACUUCAUGCUGGGGCUGCCGCGGUCCACCAGUGACACUGAUCUGGUCUCCCCGGACGCUCGCUCCACCCUCACCAUCAACUCCUCCCACUACAUCAUCGGCCAGUCUGAAGACCUGGUGAUCACGUGGGACAUCAAGGAGGAAGUGGAUGCCGGAGACUGGAUUGGCAUGUAUCUUGUCGGUGAGGCUUUGUCUGAGAACUUCCUGGACUACAAGAACCGAGGCAUCAACGGAUCUCACAGGGGACAGAUCGUUUGGAAAAUUGACUCCAGCUCCAACUUCAGUGACUCGGAGACCCAGGUCUGCUUCAGGUACUACCACGGUGUCACCGGAGCCCUGAGGGCCACCACACCCAGCACCACCAUAAAGAAAGGCCCCGCACAUGUAUUAAAGCCAGUGGUCAGUCCUGAAGUCAACCAUGGCCUGAGCAACAGGAGACUCAUUAACUUCUCCUUGUCAGACCUGCAGGCAGUUGGUCUGAAGAAGGGGAUGUUCUUCAAUCCCGACCCCUACCUGAAGCUUUCCAUCCAGCCCGGAAAGCACAGCAUCUUCCCCUCGCUGCCGCACCACGGCCAGGAGAAACGCUCCGGAGUGGUCUGUAACACGGUCAACCCACAAUGGAGCACAGAGAGGUUCAGCUUCGUGUCUGUGCCCACUGACGUCCUGGAGAUCGAGGUGAAGGACAAGUUUGCCAAGAGUCGACCAAUCAUCAAGCGUUUCCUGGGGAAGCUCUCCGUCCCCGUCCAGAGGCUGCUGGAAAAACACGCCAUUGGGGAUCGGGUAGUGAGCUACUCUCUGGGUCGCAGGUUGCCAACGGAUCAUGUCUGCGGUCAGCUGCAGUUCCGCUUCGAGCUCACCUCCACUAUUCACGCAGAUGAUGAGGAGAUCUCCCUGGUCAUAGAGGCUGCCUGUCCUGAGGGGGGGAAUGACAACCACACCGCCGAUGCGCCUGACGAUGACACACUAAGUGUGGGACCGGACAUGCCCGACCUCCCCCUGGACGCCCCCCACGACCCCGAGACCUCGGCGCCGCCAGCCUCCGCAGCGGAAGCCCCCGCACCCGAGGAGCCCCUUCCUGCUGAGACGGAGGAGCCUGAGGCGACUCCGGGGGAGCGAGAAGCUGCGGAGGAGGAGAGCAAAGUGAGGGAGGAGCCCCCGUCUGCGACUCCACAGGUGGAGCAGGAGGAGGGGGCCCCGGCUGAACAGCCGGAAGAGAGCGGUGGAGAAGGGGGAGUAGGGGAGGAGGGGCCGCAGGAGGCAGAGGAGGAGGAGGAGGAGCAAGGAGCAGAGUCUGCACCACAAGCUGAGGAGGAGGUGACAGUAGAAGAAGAAGAGGAGGUUGAGGAGGAAACACAGCCAAAGCCAGACUCUGACAACCCUGUAGUAGAAUCAGCAAACAGUGUGGCGGCUUCUAUAGAGGCCCCCACCGAGGGAAACAUCACAUCCCAGGAGGCCUCUGUAGAGCGAGCUGAAGGGGCCCCUCAGGAUGUGACAGAGGGGGAGGGCAGAAGCUGCGUCCCCUGCGCCUGCCAAUCCCUCUUCGCAAACCACAACUCCCAUGCUCCCGCGCGCCGCAAAAACCGCCCCUGCUCCCUCCCGGUGUCAGAACUGGAGACGGUGAUCGCGUCGGCCUGCGGCGAGCCGGAGACGCCCCGCUCCCACUACAUCCGGAUCCACCACCUCCUCCACAGUCUCCCCUCCGCCCAACACAGAACCCUGAGCCAGGAGGAGGAGGAGGGAGAGAAUUCAAGCAACCAAGACACCACUUCCACAUCACCAACACUUAAAACCUCCAAAGAGGAGGAGGGGCAGGAGGAUGAGGAAGAGGAUGAUACAACCCAGUCUCCCUCUCAGGUCCCAGAGUGUCCAGGUCCCUGCUGCCGCCGCUCCCUACCACGCAGCCUCUCCAUUGAGCGUCUCUCUGAGCUGAACCAGCUGCUGGAGGGUGAUGGAGUGGGAGGAGGACACACAGCCGUCAGGAGGAGGUCUCCCUCCUGCCUGGAGAGCGAGGAGGGGGAUUCUAGUAACGGAGGAGGGAGAAGAGUCGGCGGGAGCACCCACAGACACCUGGGCGAGAACGAGUGUGAGUUUUGCGACACCUCCUGCUACAGCACCUCCUGCUACAGCACCUCCUGUUACAGCACGUCGUGCUACAGCAACUCGGGCUACGAGGGGAGGAGCCGCUUCUGCAGCCACACCCGCCUCUCCUCGGUGGACAGCAACAGACUCUCCGGCAGCACCGUGUUCUCCUCCCAGGACGAAGACGAAGAUGAGGAGAGCGCCUUCGAGUCGGUACCGGACGCCGGCCACACAGCGGAGGGCCAGGAGGCGGGCUCGGCAGGAGGAGAGAGGAGGACGGGGCGGUUGAAGGAGGCCAGGAGAGCAGAGCAGGGGGAGCCGCCUGUGGCGGGACCCAGCGAUGGAGACAACACCGGCUCAGGCUCCUCCCCUCCUGUCGGCCAUCUUCCAGUCCUGCGACCCAGCCAUGACCUAAACCAUUUUCCUGCUGCCACUGACCAAGCCUUACCUCCAAACUGGGAAGCUCGCAUCGACAGCCACGGCAGAGUUUUCUACGUGGACCAUGUCAACCGGACCACGACCUGGCAGAGACCGGUCCACAGCAGCAAGUGUAACCACGGCAUCCCCCGCUCCGGGUCCACACAGCAGAUGGAGCAGCUCAACAGGAGGUACCAGAACAUCCAGAGGACCAUGGCCACAGAGGAGGACGGGGGGAGUCCCAGGUUGGAGCGGAGCGGCAGCACGGAGACUGAUCCUGAUGCUCCUCAGACAGGCCCCGCCUCCCCCGUCAAUCACCAGAAGAUCAGCCAUCUCCUCCAAUCACCUGCUGUCAAGUUCAUCACACACCCAGAAUUCUUCACUGUGUUGCACAGUAACUAUGCGGCCUACCGGAUGUUCACCAGCAGCAGUUGUGUGAAACACAUGAUCCUGAAGGUGCGUCGCGAUGCCAGGAACUUUGAGCGCUACCAACAUAAUCGGGACCUGGUGGUUUUCCUCAACAGGUUCGCAGACACUCAGCUGGAGCUGCCAAGAGGCUGGGAGAUCAAGACCGACCCCCAGGGCAAGUCUUUCUUUGUGGACCACAACAGUCGAGCCACGACCUUCAUUGACCCUCGCAUCCCUCUGCAGAACGGCCGGCUACCCGGCCACCUGGCUCACCGCCAGCAUCUGCAGAGACUACGCAGCUACAGUGCCGGGGAGGCCUCGGAUGUGUCCAGGAAUCGGGGGGCUUCUCUAAUGACCAGGCCUGGAAACAGCCUGGUAGCCGCCAUACGAAGCCAGCACAACAACAACUCCCAGCUGAGCGCUCCGUCUUACAACGACAAGAUCGUGGCGUUCCUUCGACAGCCCAACAUAUUUGACAUGCUGCAGGAGCGACAGCCAAGCCUCAGCAGAAACCACGCACUGAGGGAGAAGAUCCACUACCUUCGGACAGAAGGUGCUCAGGGGGUGGAGAAGCUGUCAUGUGAUUCCGACCUGGUCAUCCUGUUGAGUCUAUUUGAAGAGGAGAUCAUGUCGUAUGUUCCUCCUCACCCCAUCCACCCCAGCUUCAGCAUCUCUCCUCGCUGCUCCCCCGCCUCCUCACCACAGAACUCUCCUGGCCUGCAGAGGGCGAGGGCUCCAGCUCCUUACCGCAGAGACUUUGAAGCCAAACUGAGAAACUUCUACAGGAAAUUGGAAGCCAAGGGCUACGGGCAGGGCCCGGGAAAGAUCAAGUUGCUGAUCAGGAGAGAACACUUGCUGGAGGGAACCUUUAACCAGGUGAUGGCAUACUCCCGCAAAGAGCUGCAGAGGAACAAACUCUAUGUCACUUUCCUGGGAGAGGAGGGAUUGGACUACAGUGGUCCGUCCAGAGAGUUCUUCUUCCUUUUGUCUCAGGAGCUGUUUAAUCCGUACUACGGUCUGUUUGAAUACUCAGCUAACGAUACCUACACCGUUCAAAUCAGCCCCAUGUCAGCAUUCGUUGAGAACCACCUGGAAUGGUUCCGCUUCAGUGGGCGUAUCCUGGGCCUGGCUCUGAUCCAUCAGUACCUGCUGGAUGCUUUCUUCACCAGACCCUUCUACAAGGCCCUGCUCCGACUGUCCACAGACCUGUCUGAUCUGGAGUAUCUGGACGAGGAGUUCCACCAGUCUCUGCAGUGGAUGAAAGACAACGACAUCACUGACAUCCUGGACCUCACCUUCACCGUCAACGAGGAGGUCUUCGGCCAGGUGACUGAGCGGGAGCUGAAGUCGGGCGGCUCCAACCUCCAGGUGACUGAGAAGAACAAGAAGGACUACAUCGAGCGAAUGGCCAAGUGGAGGGUGGAGAGAGGAGUGGUGCAGCAGACGGAGGCGAUGGUCAGAGGCUUCUACGAGGUGGUGGACUCCAGGCUGGUGUCUGUGUUUGAUGCGCGGGAGCUGGAGCUGGUGAUCGCCGGUACAGUCGAGAUCGACCUCAUUGACUGGAGGAGCAACACCGAGUACAGAGGAGGUUACCAUGACGGCCACAUAGUGAUGCGCUGGUUCUGGGCUGCUGUGGAGCGGUUCAACAACGAGCAGCGCCUCCGCCUGCUGCAGUUCGUCACCGGGACGUCCAGCGUGCCCUACGAAGGCUUCACCGCACUGCGGGGAUCCAACGGCCUGCGGCGCUUCUGUAUCGAGAAGUGGGGCAAAGUCACAUCACUACCCAGGGCUCACACCUGUUUCAACCGUCUGGACCUGCCUCCAUACCCCUCAUACACCAUGCUGUAUGAGAAACUGCUCAUCGCUGUGGAGGAAACCAGCACGUUUGGCCUGGAGUGAGCCCCACAAGGACAACAUCCCUCUCUGUGGGACGCCGGCUGGGCUAAAACAUGUGAAAUCUCGUUGGAUUUAUACGUCGUAAAGAUACCUGGAUUGUACUCGACAAAGUUUUUGGUCAUGUGGAUAUAUGUCACUGUUAUGGUACUGUGUGUUAGUCUCUCAGUUAGCUACGAGGAUCUUUAUGACAGCACCCAGCACUUACAGUCAAAAUAUAGCUGCAAAAUAGCACUGAAAAAAAUUACUUUACAUACAAUCUAAUACAAAAACUAUGACCGCUACAUACCUGACAACUUGUUGGAAUUUAUCUUUAGAUAUAUUCGUACUACUCAGUUAACAAUCUGAAUUCGCAGCAAGGAUUUAAGUGAUAAUGUAAUGAAUGACUAAAACCUAUGGUGUGCUCUUAUACCGUAAAGACAAGGAGGAAAAAACGAAUAAAGUCAGAAAGAAAAGUAUUAGAAUUAUAGACAGAGACUAAGACACACAUUAAAUGGAAACAGAAAUACUACAAACAAGUUCAGAAGAAUCUAUAAACGUGGCUUUAAAGAAGUGGUUCAAAGUGGAAUGCAGAUUUUAAAGAAAGCUCCUCAGAUGGAUGCAAACUCUGGUAGCCCUGAUGCCAAAGGAACAAUUCUGUCUGGUCUUUAAUCUGGAGAGCCUGCAAGGAUCAUUAUAUUUUUUAUCAGGACUGUGGGGCGCCAGUAGGAACCUGCCUGAGUCUGGGAUCUGGCACAUAAAGAAUUAAAUAAAUGUGAUGUAGCUUUGUGCCAGAAACCAGCCCUUUGAAUGCCUCAGGGGUGAUCAGAAGAACCUUACAAUCAAACCUAAAACUACCAAUGUAAUGCUUGAAUUAUAUAGAUCCUGUCUACUGGCUCCAGGCAGAGCUGCACAUUAAGACAACAGACAAAAACAUGCAGAUCGGCAGAAGUCUAAGCAGCAGGAGAUAGAAGGAUGGAUUACUUUUUCUAGUCCACUUAGCAUUUGGGUUUUGAGUUCAAAAAAUCAUGGAAAACGAUGGCAGUUAAAGAAUCAUGCACUUUGCAUGGUGAUUAAGAAGAUAGGCUACAGCUCUAUGAUCACUAUGUUUUAUUGGCAGAAACAUCUCAAUGUGAAGGCAAAAAUAUAUACGUUUAAAGAUAAUGCAAUGACUCCAGGAAGAGUCUUGUAAAUUAAAAAGAAAAUAGAGUCCAAAUCUGAUCCCUGAGGGACAUGGGUAGGUUUUCUAUGAGAUUAUGAAAAUUAUUUACUGGGGAAACAGGAGCUCAACCACUGGAGGGAUGCAUCAAUGUCUAUAAUAGUUAAGCCAACCAUAUAUAUUAUCUUGUUAUACUCUCAGAUACCUAUAGCAAUGAAGUUUAUUUAUGUCAAUGUCAAUGUCUUCUCUGCUCCCUGACGAGCAGAGAUACAAGAGAAGUGCUAAAAGUCUUUCUUUUGCUUAGAAAUACAGGUUGUCUGGCCGACUGGGACUGGGGAACGAGUAAUAUAGGGAUACUUCAAAAACAAUCGGCCUCUGGUUUAAUUCAGAUACAGUACACCAAGAGCCAAUCCAGGUGAAGGGUGUGGUAUAUCCCUUUAAAUAGGUGGUUCUAAUGGGUAGGCACAGACUCAAGGACCAUCAGAAUACUUUGUCCAGUUCGGAUACUCAACAAGUAUUGGUCCAGGAAGGCCUAGAUCUGGACCUGCACCAUCCCGUUCUCUGCCUCCCUCUAGUUCAGUCCAAAGUGAGGACAGCAGCUGAGCGUAGACCUUUUCAUGUCCUCUGAAUGGGCUACACUGUUACUGACACAGAACUCCAAUGGUCUCUCCAAGCUUUCUGGCUCUGUUAUGCUUUCAAAAGCAUAGACAACGAUGUCAUGUCUCCUCUAUCAAAGUAGCCAUCGAUUCCAACACAAGGGCUUCUGGGAUUCCGUCCGUGGAGACCGAGGGCAAUCAUGCCGAACCUGGCAUACCCGUAGUUCAUGAUUCCUUGACGACAAAGAAUGGACACUGUCUCCAGCCUGCAAAGGAGACUUUCCAUGAAUCCUUUGUGAAUGGGAGAUGCUUGUACUCUUGUUCAAGUCCUCCACUGAUGAACUCAUGACUGUGUACCUUCACCAUCUUUGCACGGUGCAGGUACUUUAGUAUCUCAAACCCCGUACUGUCUCAAACAGCAAUGCAGCAUGUAGGUCUCCAAGGACCUGGGAUCAACAGAUCGGCUCCCUGAUCCGGUCCUCUUGGUAUAUACCUGUGAUGUGCACAGGGGCCCUUGGACAAAACAGUGUAAUAUAUGCAAUAGUUAAGACCUGUACUCCGAUGUGUUCCACAGUCUACCGUGUUCUUUUAGACAGUGACCGACCGCAGUGAACCCUCAGCAUUCCCAGCCCCUCAUCUCCAUCUCUGGUCCAGUAAUGGAGCUGUGCCUCACGUGGGGUUGUGGCGCUCACUCGUUAGUACUUGAGCCUGACAAGAGGAAAGUCCUCACUUCAGAUUUUGCCUUGGUUCUUUUUGGAAACCCUCUGCAUGUUCUCCCAGUGUUUGUGUGCGUCAAACACGAGUCAGGUUCAUUGGAGACUAGCCCAUUUACAUGAAGCCCCCUCAUGCGUCUUGGGAAGAUAGCUCUCUGAUCUCAAACAAGCCAAGUAUACAUGCAAACAAGGAGCAUUCCGUUAGAAAGAAGGCUUAGAGGCUCCAGGCUACAUUAGCCACCACUAGCAUCACACACCCGACUCUCAUUGGUGACCUAACCGUAACCAACGCUAACUGCAGUUUAUUUGCCAUGACGACAAUCUUUCCCCAACCUUAACUAUACCGUAGUUGCCAUGCGUUGAUAUUGUACGAAAUUUUUUUUUUAUGUUGCCAUUGGAUGUAAAAAAAAUGUUUUUAACAUUGUCAUUGAACUUAUAUUGGGUUUCACAGAAUCAUCCAAUAUGAACAAGAUAUGAUACACUUGAAAUGCCAAGUGUAUAUAGGGCCUGAAUUACAGAGGGUUAAAGCAUCUCUCUUUUAACACUGAGAACCUAUAUUAUAGGUUAUUCACCCAAUGCAUGCUGGGAUAGGAUCCAGCCCCUGAAGGACUAGUUGGGUGUAGGGAACAGAUAAAUGCGACCUCUGAAGAUUCUGACACACGACCACAUGUUUGACCACAGCAGAACCUUUGACCCUGGUUCAAAGGUCACAUUUUUAUUGUUUUCAUUUGAAAGACCCAAAUGGUGCUUUAUUUGCUCGUGAACUACAGAAGCUAUCACAAUGGGGGUGCGAUCUCAGCAACAGAAAUACAGGAUUUUACCGUUAAAUUCUU